AUGGCCGCAAAGAUUUACAUUGAUGAGGACGUCGGCAAGGACGAGUCCGCCAACGGCUCUGAGACCGCCCCUUACAAGACCCUCGUCCAGGCUUACCUCGACCACCCCCCCACCACCGAAGGUAUCGAGUACCUGACGCGCAAGUCCCAGACCGAUGCCGCUGGGGAGGAUGUCGACCCCGCCGCCAAGUUGGAGUGGAAGCCCGCCACCAAGUCGGCCAUGAAGAAGGCCAACAACCUCUGGGAGCAACGCAAGAAGAAGGCGGCCAAGGAGCAGGAGCUGGCGAUCCGCGAGAAGGCCGAGGCCGACAAGCGCCAGAAGGUCCUUGAGGAGGCCAAGAAGGUCGUCAUCAAGGAGGACACCUCGCUCGCCAAGCCAGUCCGCAUCCGCCUGGACGUCACCGACCCGGCCACCGUGAAGCUGCGCACUCCCGAGUCCGAGGAGCCGGGCACCCGUGUCCGCGUCCUGGGCCGUGUCCACCGUGCGCGUGCGCAGAAGGAUGUCGUCUUCAUCACCCUCACUGACGGCUACGGAUACCUGCAGUGUAUCCUGACCGGCGACAUGGUCAAGACCUACGAUAUCAUGACCCUUACCCUCGAGACCUCCAUGUCCAUCCACGGAGAGAUGCGCGCUGUGCCCCCCAAGCAGCAUGCCCCCAACGACCGCGAGCUGCACGCCGACUUCUUCGAGAUCAUCGGCCGCGCCGCUGGUGAUAAGGAAGCCAUCACGACCCGUGUGGCGCCCGACGCCGACCCCCAGACUUUGUACGAUAACCGCCACCUCGUGCUGCGUGGUGAGACCUCCUCGUCCGUCAUGAAGGUGCGCUCUGCUACCCUGCGUGCCUUCCGCAAGGCAUUUGAGAAGCACCGCAUGCUGGAGGUUACUCCUCCCGCCAUGGUGCAGACUCAGGUCGAGGGUGGUAGCACCCUCUUCGGAUUCGACUACUACGGCGAGAACGCCUACUUGACCCAGUCCUCCCAGCUCUACCUGGAGACCUGUCUCCCCUCUCUGGGUGACGUGUACUGCGUGUGUCCAUCGUUCCGUGCGGAAAAGUCCUUGACCCGUCGCCACUUGUCCGAGUACACUCACAUUGAAGCCGAGCUGGAUUUCAUCACUUUCACUGAUCUGCUUGAUCACCUCGAGGAGAUGAUCUGUAGCGUCAUUGAUUCGAUCCUCGCCGAGCCCGAGAUCGCCGAAUACAUCAAGCACCUCAACCCUGACUUCAAGAAGCCCUCGCGUCCCUUCCGCCGCAUGAAGUAUGACGACGCUAUCCAGUGGCUGAUUGAGCACGAAAUCCCCAACGAGGAGGGCCAGCCCCACCAGUUUGGUGACGAUAUCGCCGAGGCUGCGGAGCGCCGCAUGACCGAUAUUAUCAACGAGCCCAUCUUCUUGACUCACUUCCCUGCUGAAAUCAAGGCCUUCUACAUGAAGAAGGCUCCCGAGGACCGCCGUGUCACCGAGAGUGUUGACGUGCUCAUGCCCGGUGUCGGUGAGAUCGUCGGCGGUAGUAUGAGAAUGGACGACUGGGAUGAGUUGAUGAGCGCUUACAAGCACGAGGGCAUGGACCCCUCUCCCUACUACUGGUACACUGACCAGCGCAAGUACGGUACCUCUCCUCACGGUGGCUACGGUCUUGGUCUUGAGCGUUUCCUUGCCUGGCUGUGCGCUCGCUACACCGUUCGCGACUGCUCUCUGUACCCCCGAUACACCGGCCGUUGCACUCCUUAA